AUGGAAGAAAUAAAACAAAAUAGUGAUACAGAAAUUCCUGAAAAACGAAAUAGUAAUUGUACAGUAAAACAUUUUACUAGUACGCCAUUACCAAAUUCUCAAAUUUGUGAAAAAAAAAAAAAAAAAGGAAUAAAAGCUAUAUCUAUUGAUGAUUUAAAAAUAGUGCAAGGUGAAAAUGAAGAUGCUAAAAUAGAAGAAUAUUUAAAUAAAUAUAAAAGUAAUGUAUUUUCAAAUAAGCAAUCAUUAUAUUUAUAUUGUAAAUAUGUUAUAUUAUUUUAUGGGAAUGAAUUAAUAAAUAAAAAAGAUGUUGAUAAAUUAAAUUUUGAGAUAAUAAAUGGAGGUAUAACAAAUAUAUUAGUAAAAGUUGAACAUAAUUUAGAAAAAAAAAUAUAUUUAAUUAGAUUAUAUGGUCCUAAAACUAGCGAAAUCAUUAAUAGAGGUAGAGAACAAAUUAUAUCAAAUAUAUUAAAUAAUAAAAAUAUAUCAAAAAAAAUUUAUGUUUUUUUUCCAAAUGGAAGAAUAGAAGAAUUUAUGGAAGGAUAUGCAUUAUCUAAAGAAGAAAUAAAAAAUCCUAAAUUUCAAAAAGAAAUUGCAAAAAACUUAAAAACAUUACAUGAUAUUGAACUAAAUGAAGAUGUGUAUCAAACUAUUAAAAAAUUACAAACAGAAGAUUGUAUAUAUUAUAAAGAUUUAAAAUAUAAUAACAAUUCUGAUCAAAUAAAUAAUAGAUCAUCUUUUCUAUGGGGAACUAUUUGGAAAUAUUUUAACUUAUUAUAUGAAGAAAAAAAUAAACCAUGUGAUUUUGAUUCUAAAGUAAAUAUAUUAAAACUGAUAGAUUUUGAAUCACUAAAAAAAACAAUAAGUGAAAUAGAAAAAUUAUGUAAAGAAAAAAAAUCACCUGUUGUUUUAUGUCAUUGUGAUUUGCUUUCUUCAAAUUUUAUUAACAAAACAGAUAAUACAAUAUGUCUUAUUGAUUUUGAAUAUUCAUGUCCUAUGGAACGGGCAUUUGAUAUAGCUAACCAUUUUAACGAAUAUGCAGGUUUUAAUUGUGAAUGGAACUUAAUACCAACAAGAGCUGAAGAAUAUAAUUUUAUUAAAAAUUAUUUAAACACAGAUGAUGAUAAAAUUAUUAAUAAUUUAAUUAAUGAGAUACAACCAUUUUAUCUUAUUUCACAUAUACAUUGGGCAUUAUGGUCAUUAUUACAAGGAAUGAGAUCAUCGAUAGAUUUUGAUUUUAUAAAUUAUGGUAUGACAAAAUUAACUGCUUCUACCCUUUCAAUAUUUAGAUCAAAAAUCACAUCUUAA